AUGUCAUUUUCUCUUGGACCCAGAGAAGUGCUUGUUCGAAUUCGCGCUGCGUCGUUGAAUCCUCGUGACUUGGCCAUAAUCAAUGGGCUCGGAAAGCACCUGCAUCCGACACCUGUAAAAAAAUCGCUUAUACCAGGGUCAGACGACGCCGAGGCUGUCCUGGAGGUCGGCUCCGAUGUUCAAGAUUUCUGCGUAGGGGACCACGUUGUUACGCACAUCACUGCUCACUUAUCAGAUGAGGCAUUCGCGACGACGGAUGACAUGAUUCAAGGAUUGGGUCAGCAAAGGGAUGGUACUUUAUGCGAAAUUGGUAUCUUUGGCGACACCGCUCUGGUUCGGAUGCCGAAAAGCUUGUCAUUUGAGGAAGCUGUGACUUUGACCUGCUCCGGCCUGACGGCAUGUAAUGUCUUGUUCGGACACCCGGGCAAGGUGGUGCACGUUGGCGAUCACGUUCUUGUGCAAGGAACUGGAGGCGUGAGCAUCGCUGCUUUGCAGCUUGCGGUAGCAGCCGGUGAAACAGUCGUAGCUACCACAAGCAACCAAGAAAAGUCGAGUCGCCUGAAAGACCUCGGCGCUUCACACGUAAUCAACUAUCGCACAACCGAGAAUUGGGGUCAGGCUGCUCGGGACCUUACUCCAGAGUCUCGAGGAAUGGAUCACGUUAUCGACAUAGGCGGAUAUGCAACUCUCAGUCAGUCUAUUCUUGCCACGCGUCCUGGUGGAGUUCUGAGCGUCGUCGGAGCCUCUGGCGGAUUUGAGGGUGAGCGCCCUGAUGUUUUGGAAGUUUUGUUUCGCGGGAUUUCUCUGCGAGGGAUUGUUGUGGGAAACAGACAGAUGUUCCGAAACAUGGUUGAAUUCAUAGAGGCGAAGAACUUACAGCCGGCGGUGGAUGAUGUGACGUUUGAGCUAAAAGAUCUGAAGGCGGCGAUUGAGAGAUUCUGGAAGGGGGAGCACUUUUCCAAGAUCAUUCUUAGGAACUAA